GUCUUCACGUUGCUCUAGUUGCUUGCGGGAGAAACUUUGCUUAGAAGUUCAAGCCCGCAAGUGGUCAGCAAUGAAGGUGCUGCGGUUUGUGUGGACAGGGACGCCGCUUCUUUGGCAGCUUGCAGAUUGCCAAAAUGUCCCGUCUGCCCCAUCAGCCGAGAACUUCCUGGCCAGGAGGGAGCCUGCAAUUACUAUUCUUAACGACCAUCUCUAUAUCACCGGUGGAAUGUUUUCACAGCUGGUCGAUGGAGAGGUCGCGAUGAUAAGGUCCAAUCACCCAGAAUGGCCAUUAAACGAUACCUUGUCGAUAAGUCUCAAGGACUCAUGGGUCAACUCGACGGUAGAGAUCAAAGUGACGGAACAGGCGGCGCCGUCAUUCAAUAAAGCCGCGUUUUGGAGUGACCCCCAACAGCAGACGGCCUACCUAUGGGGCGGAUGGGCCAUUGCUGGCACGCUUCCUAAGACGAGGGAGCUAUGGCAAUUCACGGCCGACGACGACGGCGGUGGCACUUGGGAUAGGCCAGCGGAAGCGAAUCCAGGCGAUCUGAGACGCACGGUCGGGGCCUCAGCUGCAACGUGUAACGGCAAAGCCCUCUACCUCGGUGGGUACGCGAGCCCGCUGACAGACUCGUUCUACGCGGGGGACAACAUCACCAACAGGAUUCCGACGCCGGGCCUGUUGACGUACGACAUGGAGACGCGGUCCUGGGCUAACGAAUCGGCUUCCCCGGGCUUCAACGGGUAUGGCACGUCGUACUACGGCGCCGCCGCCUGCGCUGAGAACUUUGGCCAGCGCGGCGUCUUCUUCCCGAUCGGCGGCAUCGUAUCGGAUGGGCUGCGCACGUUCGACGUGGACACAGACAGCGGCGGUAUCCUCAACGACUUCUCGGUCGAGCUGAAGUUCUACGACGUCGAGCAGGACAAGUGGUACGCGCAGCAGACGUCGGGGGCUAAGCCGGACGCGCGGGACCACCACUGCGUCGCAGGCGUGGAGGGCCCGAACGGGACCUACGACAUAUACAUGUACGGCGGAAACGACGAGCGCAACGACCUUGGUGAUAGGAUCCUGUCAGACCUGUACAUACUGUCGCUCCCGGGCUUCGUCUGGUUCCGCGCCAACACGACCUCGCCGGCGCGCAGCUCUCACGCGUGCAUCGUGGCUAAUACCCAGACCGGCAGCCGGCAGAUGCUCGUCGUGGGCGGCACCGGCACCGGCAACGUGAGCGGACGCUUCACGAGGCCCGAUGUCUGGGCCCAGGGGAUCGGGGUCCUCGACCUACCCUCGCUGUCCUGGAAAGACCGGUAUGAUGCCGAUGCUGGGCCUUAUGAGCCGCCACAGGCCGUUGCCGAUUGGUAUGCCAAUGGCGGUCUUGACUCGGUGGUGUGGAACUCUGAUGACGUGAAAGCGCUCUUCAUCCGCAGCGACAACAAAUCCUCGACCGGCUCGAGCAACGACAGCACACAUUUAGACAAUGAGCCCUCGACCGACCCGAGUAACGGUAGCCCGAGCAACGAAGAUCCACAUCCGGACAACAAGUCCUCGAACGGGCCGAUCAUAGGUGGUGUCGUGGGCGGAGUCCUCGGACUCAGCCUCGUCGCGGGCGCAGUCUGGUUCUUCGUGCGGCGACUCCGGAGGCAGCGACGAGCAGCGGCGCUCACAGACAAAGCGGCGCUCCCGCCCAGCAACGGCGACAUUUCCAGCUACGACCCCAGCGUUUCGCAAAAUUACCAGCACUACGCGAUUGAGCUGGAUCACGUCGGGUCGCCAUACCAACACCACAUGCAGCAGGGGGCCCCGGGCUACGGCACGCAUGAGAUGCCCGUCCCCUACCAGUCCCACGACACGCUCUUAUGGAAUAGCCCAAUGGAGAUGGGUAUUGAGAAUAAUCCGCAGGAGUUGCACGCGGUUGAGAAGACAGUAGGGCGCUGAUGGGAAAAUUAGUAUAUAGAACGCGUC